AUCUCACGUUAGCUUUAUGGUUAGCCGGGCGGGCCCUCAGCCAGGUCAAUGAGCCCACAACAACCCACGGAGGAAAAGGGAGUUGCUAAGCCCCAUCUUAGCUCACGGCUACAUCGUUUAGCCUUCUGGAGGUAGAAGAAGCCAAGCCAGCCACUACUACCUGGGCCUUCAGGGUUAGCUAGCUAACAACCGGGUCCUUUUUUCCCCCCUCCCUCACCCCUUUUUCCUGUCUUUUAUUUCUGGUUCAUUUAUUUUGGUGUUGCUACUUGGAGAGCAUUGUCAUCUCAGAGGCUGAGCACAACUACGUCGAUGGUUUGGGGUCAGCCGGCGCCCACUGACGGACAGAAAGGCCCUGUGGAUUUCACAGCACACAGAGAGGAAACAUGAGCACAGCCAAGCCCAGCGGGCUCAAAGCGCCCAGCAAGAUAGGCAGGCCGACGGGGGCGCCAGCCACCAAGACCUCCCCUUCCACUGCCGGACCCAAAGUAGUCGCAGCUGACAAGUCCACUCCAGGUGGAGGUGCAGUGGGGACGCAAGAUGGCGGGGAGAACUUCCAGGUCGGGGAGCGGGUGUGGGUGAAUGGGAACAAACCUGGCGUGGUGCAGUUCCUGGGGGAUGCUCAGUUUGCACCAGGACAGUGGGCUGGCAUUGUGUUGGAUGAGCCCAUUGGGAAGAACGAUGGCUCGGUGGCAGGGGUGCGCUACUUCCAGUGUGAGCCCUUGAAGGGGAUAUUCACUCGCCCCUCCAAGCUGUCCUACACAGAGGGCGAGGCCAACGGGACUCAGACAGCACCUCCAUCCCGGGCUGGGUCCCCCACCCCCUCCACCGCCAGCCUGGCCUCUCACACCCCCUCUGUCAAGAAGGCCUCAACUGCAAUGCCCGCCACUCCAGCCUCCAACCUGGCACGCACAAACAGCGAGUCUAUCUCCAACCUCUCAGACACCGGUUCAGUCAAGAAGGGGGAGAGGGAGCUGAAGAAUGGAGACCGUGUUUUGGUUGGUGGCACAAAAGCUGGUGUGGUUCGCUUUCUUGGUGAAACGGACUUUGCCAAGGGAGAGUGGUGUGGUGUGGAACUGGAUGAGCCCCUGGGAAAGAACGAUGGGGCAGUGGCAGGAACCAGAUACUUUCAGUGCCAACCCAAGUAUGGCCUGUUUGCCCCGGUCCACAAGGUCACGCGCAUCGGCUUCCCCUCCACCACGCCGGCCAAGGCAAAGACCACGGUGCGGAAGGUGGUGGCCACGCCCUCAGGCCUGAAGCGCAGCCCCAGCACCUCCUCCAUCAGCUCCAUGAGCUCUGUGACCUCCUCUGUCAGCGCCAAGCCCAGUCGCACAGGCCUGCUGACAGAAACGUCAUCACGGUACUCAAGGAAGAUCUCUGGCACCACAGCAGUUCAGGAGGUGCUGAAGGAGAAGCAGCAGCACAUCGAGCAGCUGAUGGCGGAGCGGGACAUGGAGAGGGCAGAGGUGGCCAAGGCAACCACCCAUGUGGGCGAGGUGGAGCAGGAACUGACCCUGCUGAGAGAUGACCAGGAACAGAUGGAGGCCAAGAUGGACCAAUUACGCACCCUGGUGGAGGCUGCUGACAAGGAGAAGGUUGAGCUGCUCAAUCAGCUGGAGGAGGAGAAAAGAAAGGUGGAGGACCUUCAGUUUCGCGUGGAGGAAGCUUGCAUUACCAAAGGAGAUCUGGAGACGCAGACCAAACUGGAGCAUGCCCACAUUAAGGAGCUUGAACAGAGCCUGCUCUUUGAAAAGACCAAAGCUGAGAAACUCCAGAGAGAGUUAGAAGACACUAGGGUGGCCACAGUUUCAGAGAAGUCCCGCAUAAUGGAGCUGGAGAGGGACCUGGUGCUGAGGACCAGGGAGGUGGAUGACCUGCGGUUGCGUCUGGAGGCCCAGCAAGAGUCAGAGGGCUCAGACUCCACUACCUCCCCUCUCCUGGAGGAGGUGAGCUCUCUGAGGGCUCAGCUGGCUUCUCAGGAAGACCAGCAACGGGUUGAGCAUGCCGGGAUGAGGGAGAAGCUGGCAGCGGAGGAGAAGGCACACAGUGAGGCAAUGGCCCAGCUCCAAGUCUCAUCCACCAAGAUUUCCACUGACAACGAGCAGUUGAAGCUGCACAUCAGCCAGAACGAGAAGGAGAAUGCAGACGCCAUAGAGCUGUGGAGCUCUAAGCUGGAAUCUGCCAUCGCCUCACACCAGCAGGCCAUGGAGGAGAUUAAGGUUUCCUUCAGCAAAGGGGCUGGCUCCCAGGCGACAGAGCUGGUGGAGACCAAGAGUGCCCUGGAGAGGCUGAAGGUGGAGCACAAGCAGGCACUGAAAGAGGCUGGGGCCAGGUGUGUGGCAGAGGCUGCAGCCCGGGCACAGGAGACGGGGGAGCUCAACAAACAGCUGCUGGUCGUGUCAGAGGAGAAGGAGCGCCUGGAGGAGAGCCUGCGGUCCAGUGUGGAGAGUGCUGAGGAGCAGCACCUGGUGGAGAUGGAGGAUGUGCUAGUCAAACUGCACACUGCUGAGCUGAAGGUAAAGGAACUGGAGGAGCAGGAGGCUAAGCUAGUCCAGCAGACCCAGGACAGGGCCAAGGAGGUCCAGGAGCAGGUGGCAGCUAUGGAGGCUCUGCACUCCCAGGCAGGCCAAGGUAACCAAGAGCUCCAGAGUUUGAGGACCCAGCUGGAGGAGACCCAGAGACAAGCUUGCUCACAGGGCAACAAGGUCAGUGAGUUGAGCUCUGAGCUGGAGGGCAGGCAGCAGGAGAUCCUCUCCUUGCAGCAGAGCCUGACCACUGUGCAGCAGAACACGGGCUCUCUGGAGCAAGAGCUGGGCAACGUGAAACAAAAACUGUCAGAAAGCACAGACGAUCAGACUAAGUCAACACAAACUAUGCAAGAGUUGCUUCAGAAGCUUGGCGAAAAAGAGGGGCAGUGCACAUCGCUCUCCACCGAAUCAGAGGCUCUUAGAAGCCAACUUGCAGGGCUGGAGAGGAAGCUAAAGGCUGGAGAGGAGAAGCUUGAUCAGCUCGCAAACGACAAGGCCAAGCUCCAAAGUGACAUCUCAGACAUGAUGAAGUCAUCAGGUGACAGUUCAGCACAGCUUACCAAAAUGAAUGAAGACCUCACUCAGAAAGAAAGGAAGCUGGAAGAGUUACAGACUCAACUUGCAGAGGAGAAGGAGCAGAGAGCACGUUCUGAGGAGCAACAACAGCAGGAAGUGGCCCGGAAGGAGCAGGAGCAUCAGGGUCAGCUAAGCAACCUGCAGGAGAAGAUCACACAACUGGAGAAGAGUUUGCUCCAGGGUGAGGCCCAGGCCAAGGAGCUGCAGACCUCUCAGCAGCAAGCCCUGUCUCAGGCCUCAGAGCACCAUGCCAAGCAGCUCAAGGAGCUGCAGGGUCAGGCUGACCAGACCAAGCAGGAGCUGAGUGUCUCCAGGGAGAAGGCCCAGGAGCUGGAGAGGCUGGUGGCCGAUCUGCAGCCUUACAAGGAGAAAGCCCAGUUUCUUUCUGCUGAGCUCGACUCCUCCAUGCAGCAUGUUGAGCGAUUGUCCACAGACCUGGAGAAGCAAAUCUCAGCACUGGAACACAUGUCUAAGGAAAGUUCAGAUCUCAGAGCUCAUAAGGAAAAUCUUGAGAAGCAACUCUUCGAACUCCAGGCCAAGCUCUCUGCCUUGGAGGCUAGUCACAAUGAGCUCUCGGUUAAGAUUGAAGAACUGCUGACUCUGAGGGACAAGCUUACAAAAGAGCAGGAGGAACUUUUGACCACAAAUCAGCAGCUGGAUGGAGAGAAGGCCUCACUAUUCAGAGAGAUUGAGAAGCUCAGAGUUGCUGUUGAGGAGGCACAGGCCAAAAACGAAUCCCUCAGUCAAUCUGAAAUGGAGCAUCAGUCCCAAAUUGAGGAGCUACAAAAUACAAAUGCAGAGAAGCAGGAGGUCCUCAUAAAGUACAAACAGGAGAUCCAGCAGCAGGAAACUAAGAGGAAUCAGCUAGCAGAAAUCUAUGAGAAGACCUGUGAGGAAAGGAAUGGGCUCCAGGAAGAGCUCAAGCAAAGCAGGGAGAAGCUGAUCUCUGAGAUGGAUAGCCUUGUGUUGGAGAGGGAUGCAGCAAGAAAUGCUAAGAAAUCCCUUGAUGCAAAGAAUACAGAGCUGCAGACAAGGUGUCAGUCGUUGAGCUUGGAAAAAGUAGAUCUCUGUGUGAAAAACACUCAGUUGGAGGCCCAGAAGGAGACCUUGGCCAGAGAUAAAGAGGAGAUGUCUGCUCAAAUUAAUGCUGCUAUAUCUGACAAAGAGGCCCUCCAAACCAUGAAUACGGAGCUUCAGAAUCAGCUGAAUAUCACCAAGAAGGAUCUUGAGAAGUCUGUCCGUGACAACGGCGAGCUCCAGGCUUCCAAAAUGAGCCUGGCCAAGAUGCUGGACGAGUCCAAGACCAGCAGUGAGGUUACAGACUCCGAGAGGCUUCACCUCAUGCAGGAGAAAGAGGACCUGCUUUCUACCCAGCGAAAGGUGUGUUCUGAGAAGGAUGAACUUCUCAAGGAGAUAGAAGAGUUGAAGGAGAAGCUCAGACUUUCUACACAGGAAGUGGCUACCUCUAAGGAGAAAGUCAAAGAGGUGUUAUCAUCUUUUGCCAAGGAGAAGGAAGCUCUUUGUCUCCAGAAUGAAGAGACAGAGAAGGCACUACACUCCGUACGGAAAGAGAAGCUGGCCAUGGAAUCAACACUGGAACAGCAGAAGAUGGAGAGUGACAGUUUGGUACAUGAAAAGGAAGAGCUUGAAGAAAAGCACACAAAGGAGAUCUCUGAAAAGGUUACUCUAACAAAAGAGCGUGACAAGAUAGCAGGUGAGAUCCGCAGUAUGAAAGACCAGCUGGACAGCUCCUCCAAGGCCAUUGAUGACCUGAAGCAAGCCAAUUACAACCUUACGUCCUUGCUAGAGGAAUCCAAACAGAAGAUCCAAAAGGUGGAGGUUGAGGGAGCUUCCUUGAAAAAAAAAAAGUAUGAUCUACAGGCACAGCUGCAGAAGCUUUGCUCUGAGAGGGAGGCCCUUGAAAAAAGCAAAACUGAACUUGCAGAAGAGCAUCAUAAACUAAAAGGCAACUCUGAGCAGGUGCAUUUGGAACUCAUCCAGCAGAGGGAUACCCUAAGAAAAGAGCGGGAUCUCCUGCACUCCCAGCAGGCAGAGCUUAAAAAGAGCCUACAGAUCCUGCAGAAGGAUAAAGAUGAUCUGCUUCUGCAGGUCCAGGAGGUCAAGGGUCAGACAGAAUCACUUUCAAAGGAAAAAAGGCUUCUUGAAUCGCAGCAGCAGACUGAAGCCACUGAGCGAAGUAAACUGUCCUCUGCAAAGGAUGACCUCUCUAGAGAGAGAGAAGACUUACAGAGUCAGUUGUCCACUCUGACACAGAAAAAUACUGCCCUCCUGCAGGCUGAAUCUAUCCUGAAGGCAGAGAUUGCCUCUGUUUGUGUUGAAAGAGACACAAUGGCCUCUGAGAAAAAUAGUUUGUGUUGUGAUUUAAAGCAACUUAAGAUGACUCACACUGGAUUGUUAGGUGAGAAACAUGGUCUGCUUGAGGAGAAUGCCCAGAUGCAAGCCAAAGUGCAGGACCUCACUCAGAAAUCUGUCACUAGAGACAAGGCCAUUGAUGAAUUGUCUGCCAGCCUUAAGGAUAUUGGAGAGGAGAGAAAAGCCUUGGCUAGGGAGGUUGAGAACUUGAAGGCACAGCUGAAGCAGAGAGACCAGGAAAAGGAUGGCUUGGCUGAAGACCAAGAGUCCCUGUUUACCAAGCUGGAGGAGCUUGGCAAAGAGGUCUCCUCCCUGGCGAAGGAGAAGGUAGACCUCCUAGCUAUACAGUCCAGGCUGGAGAAAAACCUUUCCUCCCUCCACAGCAGCCAAAAGAGUGGUGAUGGGGAACGCUCAAGGCUCCUGGAGGAAGUGGAGAAGCUGCGAGCUGCCCAGACACAGCUUGAGGCAGAUGCCCAGACCCUACGUGCUGAGAAGGCAGGGAUAGAGGGACAGCACAAAGUCUCUGUGGAGGAGGCAUCUGUGUCUGCCAAGGCCCGGGAAGAAAUUGGCACCAAGCUGGAAGACCUGAAGGUCGAGAAGGAUGCCUUGCUCAAGGAGAGGGACGAAGCCACCCAGCAAGUCACCCAGCUUGAAGCUCAACUCAAAAACAUUCUUUCCAAGCAGCUUGAGGCAGCAGAGUCCUCAGGGAAGACUGCUGAGGUCGUGGAGCGGCUGACACAAGAGAAGGGCCGUCUGGAGCAGGAGAAGAGUGAGGCCCAGUCUCUGCUGGAGGAGUUCAGGAGUGCCAAGCAGGAGAUGACCAGUCAGCUGGAUGCAUUGAAGCAACAGAAUUCUAAAUACCAAGAGGAGCUCAACCUCCAGCUCUGCGCAGACAACCAGAAAAUCAGCAGCCUGUGCCAGGAGAUUGAGGAGCUGAAGCAAGUUGCCUCUGUGAAGUCCCAGUCCCUGGUGGCCUUACAGGAGGAGAACAACAAGCUGACUAAGGAGGUUGGCAGCAGCAAGAAGGAGACCAGUGGUCAGCAGAAGGUGGAAACUCAGCAGUCCAAGCUCAAUAAACAGUUGCAAGAUAUGAAGCAAAGAGAGACUGCCUUGAAGAAACAGUUAGAUGAGGAGAAAGCCUCCCUCCAGAAGUCCAUCCAUAAAAGCAGUGCCUUGAUCUCCGAGAAGGAUCAGGAGCUGGAGACCCUAAAGAGUGAGUUUUCAGUGCUGCAAGGGGAGAGCGCCACAGCGAAGACACUGAAGUCUACUGUCCAGUCUCUGGAGAAAGACAAGUCGCGGCUGCAGGAGCGCGUUCAGAGCCUGGAGAAGAGCCUUGCAGGAGGACAGGACACUCUUACCAGCGCCUCCGGUGAUGCAGCUCUGAACCCAUUAAAGGAGGACAAGGAGACUUCAGAGAGCCAGAUUGAGUUCCUGAACUCGGUUAUCGUGGACCUGCAGAAGAAGAAUGAAGACCUUAAGGGCAAGCUGGAGAAGAUGGCGGAGGCUUCCCUUAAUGGGAAUAAUGCAAGCGAGCUUGAUAACUAUGACGGCGGUUUUAAUGAAGGUCCCUCCAAAAAGAAGGUCCCACCAAGGCUCUUCUGUGACAUCUGUGACUGCUUCGACCUCCAUGAUACAGAAGACUGUCCCACUCAGAUGCAGAUGCCGGACUCCCCACCCCACACCACCUACCACGGCAGUAAGGAUGAGGAGAGGGCUUAUUGUGACAUCUGUGAGGCCUUUGGCCACUGGACUGAUUCCUGUAACGACGACCAGACCUUCUAAUCUAAAGCCUUCGAGAACAAUCUUUGGCACAAUCUCAACUUUUGCACAUAAACCAAAUUCUGAGGUGCGCAAGUGCACAUGGAGUUCUCUACUGUAUGGGUGUGUGCAUGUGUUUGUUUGUGCAGAAAGUAUUUAUUGCACAAGCCCCUAAGUGCUAUAAUUGGGAGGAUGUUGUCUCAAAACGAUCAACUUAAUUAUCCGCACUCACACGUCAUUGACUAGGAAAAGGGGCAGAAAUGCUGACGUAUUGUGAUAUAAGGCUUUCAUUGGGAAUUGUUUAAAAAAUCCACUGUUUGUGUUGCGACCCUCUUCAGUGUGUGCAAAAGAUGAGGCUAAAGUUUAUUUUUUUACACUUGGACAUACUUUGUACUUUAAGAAAAAGUUGCCUUGUCAAUCUGUCUGUGAUAAUUGUGUGGUGGAAAGGCAUGGAGAGGGGCGUGGCUGGCGCCUGUUGCCUGGCAGGGUUGGAGCAGUGAAACAACGCCGUUUGACUUUUAGUAAAAAAAAAAAAGACUACCUCGGCCGUGUGGGAUGGUGGUCAAGGUUGAAGCCGCUAAACAAACCUAAAGCACUGCACACACUUUAUUCCUCUCCUCUGUUUAAAAUCCUUGGUUCCUUUUUAAAUGGCCUUUACAAGAACAAUGCAUAAUUAAAUUAUAAUUUAAGGAUAAAAUAUUGUAAACAGAUGGUAUGAUGCUCAUGAAUUUCUGUACCUAACUUUUUGAAUGUUGAAUAUCUGUACAAAAAUAAAUAAUUUAUGUAUACA